AUGCUUGCGAUGGCUGUACCAAAUGAGGAAGCACCAGGGCCAGGGGAGGAUAUUGAUCGACUAGCUUUACGUAUAAGUCUGGCAGAUAUAGAUGACCAGUUUGAAAAGGUUGUGCAGAAAUCGUUGGUCUUCAUUUUAAAGUAUUUGGCCAAGUAUGAAGACCACCGGAAAAAGCUUAUGGAGUUGUUGGGUGAUGUCACAAGACGUUUGAAAUGUAGACCGAAUAUUCAAGUUCCCGUUCACGAAUUGUUCUUGACCUAUAAUGAUCCAUCGCGUCAAGUCUUCCUUGUGAAUUUCUCACAUCUCUACAUUGUCAUUGGCUACCCGCGGCUUCCAUUUUCGCAGCAAGUGAAGCUCCUACCUGUCCUGUACGGUUCUUUGACCGAUGACAAAUCAAUUUGUCAGCGUGACGCUGUUCAACGCCUCAAUCGUUUUGACGGAGCCGAUAUAGUAAUUCCCGACGGAUUCAACUCAUAUGAUCUUACUCGCGUAGCACAUGAGAGGUAUUCAACAAUUAAUUCUGCUGAGGAUUUAGAAAAGUAUAAAGUCGGUCUCAUCCAGUUCUACUCAAGACAUUUUUUCUCAGCCGAAGAAAGCAUCAUUCCGAUAUUGUUUGGAUAUGGUGAUACGAGACAUUCUGUGGUUUCUGCUGCUGCCAAAGAACUAAGAACACUUAGCAUGAUUGUCGACUGGGAGGAUGAGUUACUUCUUACUCGCAUUAUGGCGUGGUAUCUGGGACGUCGUCGUGAGUGCGAUCCAAGAGUGAGUUAUCUCAUUGUUAUUUUUACCCCUACCAAUCCUACGUAUUUUCUUUUUCGUUUUCAUUUCCACAUCACUUGUUUUUUUCUGAAGUUACGUUCCUGUAAGUGCUGUCUACUGUUUUUAGUGUGUACAGAUCUGCUGUCCAUAUGGUGA